UCCUUUUAUCUCAUUUUCAAAGAAAGAAGCAAAGUUCAGCAAGGGCAGCCAUGGCUGCGCAAUCAAUCCUCACGUUCUCCUUGCCCUCUCGGGCUCUCCCAUCAUCGCAUCCCAAGUUGUCUUUGUCCUCUUCUUCUGCUCCUCGUCUCCGUUCCUCAUUCUGUGGCGUCUCCAUCAGCCGCCGCUCGGUUUCCUUCUCCGGUGGAUCUCCGGCGAGAUCGAUCACCGUUUUCGCCGCCACGAAGAAGGCAGUGGCUGUUCUCAAGGGUAACUCCGAGGUUGAAGGGGUUGUCAGUCUGACCCAAGAAGACGAUGGUCCUACCACUGUGAACGUUCGCAUCACCGGCCUCACUCCCGGCCCUCAUGGCUUUCACCUCCAUGAGUAUGGUGACACAACAAAUGGAUGCAUCUCGACAGGGGCACAUUUCAAUCCUAACAACAUGACACAUGGAGCUCCCGAAGAUGAAAUCCGUCAUGCGGGUGACCUGGGAAACAUAAUUGCCAAUGCCGACGGGGUGGCAGAGGCAACAAUUGUCGACAUACAGAUUCCUCUGACUGGUCCGAAUUCAGUAGUCGGAAGAGUGGAAGCUGCAUAUUCGAUUUUAAAUUCCGAUAAUUGCGAGCUUGAGGAUGACCUCGGAAAGGGUGGGCAUGAGCUUAGUCUGACCACUGGCAACGCCGGCGGCAGGUUGGCAUGCGGUGUUGUUGGCUUGACUCCGGUUUAACUCUGUUGGUCGAGGAGUUUCUGGUGUAAUUGAAAGACAGAGAGCUAAACAAUAGGGUUUUUCCUGAAUAAAGUUGGACUCUGUGUCCAAAUGUGUGUUUGAUUGGCCUUAAACUGUGUUGGAACCUUAUCUGAUCGGUUUCGGUUUCGGUUUCAGUUCCGGUUCGAUUUUACA